AUGCCCAUCCCCAGCAAACACCCCAACAUCGGCCGCUCGCAGAGCUGGGACGCUGCCGGAUGGUACGAAGGGAACUGGGAGAGCGAGAACGCCUUCGAGUACCAAAGGCCGCCGGGCCGCAGGAGCUCCCUGACCUAUGGCGGUGAGGGCGGCUGGUAUGAGCCUCUGCGAGUGAACGAUAUCAUCUUGCAGGGCGGCGCGGAGCUGAAGCAAGAGGCGUACCCGUACCAGGAUGCCGCCUUCGCCCCGGGGCCCCUCAGGAAGGGCUCCGUCCCUGACUUCACCUACUGUGACCGGCAGGCUGUCAUGGCGGGCCGCGGCUCCCUGCCGCCUCAGGAUUACUACAGCGACCCGUCGCUGGCAGCAAGAUCGCCCAAGGACCCUCGCUACUACCGCGACCACGCCAUGAGCAGGCCAUUGGUGAACUAUGGGGCGCCUGGCAGCCGGCUGUCCUGGGACCAGGCUCCGGGGCGCCCGCCUGCCCCGCCAGAUGCCACUCGCCUCUACAGGGACCCCAAGCUGGCCCUGGACGGGCAGCGGCUGCGUGGCAGAGAUGUCUCCCCCGCACGGUAUGGCACGGAGCCCCCUGGCCCACGGUACGCAGCGGAGCCCCCUGCCUUCCCCAGCAGGCAGGCCUACGGCGACGGGGCGGAGCGGCCCCCCGAGCCCGCGGGGACCAGGCAGGCAGCCCCCACCUGCCUCGUGGUCGACCCCACCGGCAGCAGCGGCAGCAGCUACGGGCCAGGCCGGGAGAGCGCUGGUGCUAAGGGCCCCUACGACGGCUACGAGGCGGCCGUGGUAAGCUCUUCCCACCCGCCAGUGCCCCCCACCUUCCCAGGGCCGGAGGGGAAGAGGAGCUUUGACCCCGAAUUCGUGGCGCUGCUGCGCGCGGAAGGCGUCUCGGAGAGCACCUUCGCCGCCCUGCUGCAGCAGGGCUUCGACUCCCCAAACCUGCUGGCCAUGAUGGAGGAGAACGACAUCAAGUCCGUGGCUCCAAACCUGGGGCAGGCCCGCGUGCUGUCCCGCAUCGCCCACAACUACAAGGCAGAAAUGCAGCUGCAGAGGCAGGAGCGCAGGAGCGGGGCGCUGCGCCCCAGGACCCGCUCCAACAGCUUCAGCCACCGCAGCGAGCUUCCAGGUGACUACGGGGUACCCCUGGGCGCGGGGCCCACCGCAGACGGCCUUCCCGCCCCACAACCCCCGCCUCCGCUGCAGCCCGUCUCCCCCAGAGCCGGAGAGAUGCACCGCCGGCCGUCCAGCGCCCCGACCCAGCACCUGCUGGAGACCACCGCCUACCCUGCCUCGGCGGGGGCUCCUCCGGGGCCGCACUUCCUCCCCGGCUCUGGAUACAACACCCCCCUGCCUUGCAACACGCAUCCGCGCCCAGCCUCCGCCUACUCUGCUCCCGCCGGCAUGCCCGUGACCGCGGCCAACCCGCACGCCAGCCCCAAAACGGCCUACCCCACCACCUACACUGUCCCCAUGGAGCUGAUGAAGAGGGAGCGGACGGCGGCAGCGUCGCCGGCUCCCAGCCCGCAUGGCAGCCCGCAGCUCCUGCGCCGGCCGGCAGCGCCGGGGGACGGCAGCCUGGCACCCACCGGAUCCACGUUCCCCGCGCAGCUCUCCCCGUACCCGAAGCUCAGCAGGCGCACAGGGCCCCCCGUCAUCGUCUCCACCAUGGCAUCACCUGAACCAAGUAUCCGGCCGCAGAUCAUGAACGGCCCCAUGCACCCCCGGCCCCUGGUGGCACUGCUGGACGGCAGGGACUGCACCGUGGAGAUGCCCAUCCUCAAGGACCUGGCCACGGUCGCCUUCUGUGAUGCACAAUCAACUCAGGAGAUUCACGAGAAGGUGCUGAACGAGGCGGUGGGGGCCAUGAUGUACCACACCAUCACGCUGACACGGGAGGACCUGGAGAAGUUCAAGGCCUUGCGGGUCAUUGUUCGAAUAGGCAGCGGCUACGACAACAUCGACAUCAAAGCUGCGGGGGAGCUCGGGAUCGCCGUCUGCAACAUCCCGUCGGCCGCCGUGGAGGAGACGGCCGACUCCACCGUCUGCCACGUGCUCAACCUGUACCGCCGCAACACGUGGCUGUACCAGGCGCUGCGGGAGGGCACGAGGGUGCAGAGCGUGGAGCAGAUCCGGGAGGUGGCCUCGGGGGCCGCCCGCAUCCGCGGCGAGACGCUCGGCCUCAUCGGCUUCGGUCGCACUGCGCAGGCGGUCGCCGUCCGAGCCAAGGCCUUCGGCUUCAACGUCAUAUUCUAUGACCCGUACCUACAGGAUGGGAUCGAGAGGUCGCUGGGGGUGCAGCGGGUCUACACGCUGCAGGACCUGCUCUACCAGAGCGACUGUGUCUCGUUGCACUGUAACCUGAAUGAACACAACCACCACCUCAUCAACGACUUCACGAUCAAGCAGAUGAGGCAGGGAGCGUUCCUGGUGAACACGGCGCGCGGGGGGCUGGUGGACGAGAAGGCCUUAACUCAAGCCCUGAAGGAGGGACGGAUACGAGGGGCCGCGCUCGACGUGCACGAGUCGGAACCGUUCAGCUUUGCUCAAGGCCCGUUGAAAGAUGCUCCCAAUUUAAUCUGUACCCCGCACACAGCCUGGUACAGCGAGCAGGCGUCGCUGGAGAUGAGGGAAGCCGCUGCCACCGAGAUCCGGCGUGCCAUCACAGGCCGCAUCCCAGAGAGCCUCCGGAACUGCGUCAAUAAGGAAUUCUUUGUCACGACGGCCCCGUGGUCAGUAAUAGAUCAGCAGGCGAUUCAUCCGGAGCUCAAUGGUGCCACGUACAGGUACCCCCCUGGGAUGGUGAGUGUGGCCCCAGGGGGCAUUCCAGCAGCGAUGGAGGGCAUCCUGCCUGGAGGCAUCCCCGUCACUCACACCCUCCCCACCGUGGCACACCCGUCCCAGGCGCCGUCUCCCAACCAGCCCACCAAACACGGCGACAACAGGGAACACCCCAACGAGCAAUAGCAGAGAAUCUCAACCCCCUUCUAUACACUUGGGACCAAGAGACAUUGGAAAAGAAGUUAUACAUGAACUGAAAAAGGAUUGAAAAAAGCAAGGCAAGCAGCAUUUGUAGGAGAUUCGUACGGUUGGACUUGGACAGACGCAUCAUUGGUGUUCCAGUGUCAUCCCACGGCCAAGGCCGCCCAGGCUGCGGAGAAGCGCUGAAGGAGGCAGCUGCUUACUGAAAACGAGGAUGUGACGAGACAUUCAUGAGCAACUUCUGGUAGUGUGUGUUAAGUUUCCUUCAUCUGUGCAUCAAAUCACCCCAGUCAAGAUGUUGUUUCCCCUCGGUUCCUGGGGAAGGACGGGGCUGCUGCACCUGUGGGCGAAGCGCUGCCUCCCGCCCUGCUGACAGAGUGAACCUGGGACCGCACCAGCAGCCCACGGGGUGGCUGCAGCCCUUUCCUGACCCUGGGUCUGGGUCUCUUCUGAUGGGAGGCACCAGUUCUGGCUUAGAAGAAGAUAACACCAACGCUCCUCGUUGCAGUCUCCCAGGGCCAGUGACGUGUGAACACAAGCUCUGCUGCCGGGGUUAAGCUGUAGCCAGCCAUCCCAGCCGGGAUCCGGGGGCUGGGGAGGGCACAAAGGGCCCGGCUCCUCCCUGCCCCAGUACACUGAAUAAAGUAGCUGUGCAUUCACCUCCACCCUGCAAUGAUGCAAGAGAGAAAAAGACCAAAAAAAGUUUAAAAAAGGUAAAAAAGAAGGAAAAAGAAGAAGUAUGAAGUUUCACACACUAUUUGUACUCAAAUAUAUUUUCUCAGUUUUAAAUCUGCAGCUAUUUUAUCAAGCAGGAAAGAGAGAAGUCUUGAGCUGGAAAGGGUUCAAGAAUAAUGUUGCAUUUCCUUAUGUCUCAGGAAACACUUUUUAUGGUAAACUUGUCAGACUGUCUAUGAACAAACCCCACUUUUUUUAGCCGUUGAUAAAAGAAAAAAGAAGUCUCCUUUUCUUCACGUGCUAUUUUAUACAAGAACACUUCAGAAACGUGUUAUUAGCUGUGACUGAUUUUAACAGAUCCUGUUAGAUUUGUAUCAACUAGUUACAUGUUAUAUUCAUAGUCUUUUGUGAAUCAUCAUGAGCCUUUUUUGUUUGGGGAGAGAGGGCCUGUUUGGAGCCUUUGUAUGGGUACCUUCCUGUUUCUGUGACAAACAAACACAAGAGAGAAAAAGCUGUCCCAACCAGACAAAACAAAAAGCAACCACCCCACGGCUAUCAGCAGUAUGUUUUGUUUUAGUGUGUUACCGUUCCUGUAUUUGUUUAUGUAAAGGUGGACAUUUAGAGUUCAGUGCGGUUUUCAAUAAAAAGUGAUACAGUUUCUGUAA